AUGAAAGUCACUAUGAGGAAAAAAAGCUUUUUCUUUUGCUUUAUACUUCUGACUAUGAUAAGAAACCAGAUAGUAUGUGGGCAAAACAGAAAAAAAGGAAAGAAUAUUUACUCUCCUGUGCCAAAAGAUGAAGGUCAGACAUGUCUCAUUGAUAUACUCUUUAUCUUGGACAGUUCAGAAAGUGCCAAAAAUCGAUUGUUUGACUUACAGAAGGAUUUUGCUCAAAAUUUAACUGACAACAUUUUCCAGAUGAAGCCUGUGAAGUCUCACAUGUAUAAUGUCAGACUAGCAAGUAUGCAGUUCAGCAGCACAGUCAGCAUUGAUCAUCCCUUUACAGCCUGGAAAAAUGUCCAGAAUUUUAAGGAGAAAGUCAGUUCCCUGGGCUUUAUUGGCCAAGGCACUUAUUCCUAUUAUGCAGUUUCAAAUGCCACUCAUCUGUUUAAAACUGAAAGUCAGAAGAGAAGUGUGAAAGUGGCGUUUUUGAUGACUGAUGGUGUGGACCAUCCAAACAGCCCUGAUGUCCAGGGUAUAGCCACAACAGCUAGAAGUAUUGGAAUACAUUUUAUUACCAUUGGCCUUUCUAAGAAAACAGUCCAAGAAGAAAAAUUGCUCAUGAUAUCUGGUGAUUCGUCCUCUAAACACGUCCUGUGCCUGGAUGACCAGAACCUGGUAGUUGAUAUAGCAUUGGAGCUGGAAACCUUGCUACAGAAGCAGUGUGUGCGGAAGAUCUGUGAGUGUGAAACGGGAGCGAAAGGAGACAAAGGUGAUCGAGGCAGUGCUGGUGACAAAGGGGAGAAAGGUGACCCAGGACCAAAGGGAAACAAGGGUGAUGCUCAAAAAGGGGAUCAUGGAGAGAAAGGCGAAAAGGGUCCUCCUGGCUACAAGGGAGACAAGGGUGAAAGAGGAGAAUGCGGACCCCCAGGAACAAAAGGAGAAAUAGGUUUGCCUGGCUCUGUGGGCCCUACAGGACCUCGGGGACCUCAGGGUAUCAGGGGAAAUCCAGGUCAGCAAGGCCCAAGAGGCAUUCAAGGAAAUAAGGGAGAACAAGGGCCUCCAGGUCCCUAUGGUCCUGCAGGACCCCCUGGCGUUGGAGAGCCAGGACCCAAGGGUGCUGAAGGUCGUGAAGGUGUUAUUGGACCACCAGGACCUCGUGGAAUUGGUGAGCCAGGAUUACCUGGACCACCUGGCCCUGUUGGUUCACCAGGUGAGCCAGGUCCAGCAGGAGAGGGCAUUCAAGGCCAGAAGGGUGAAAAAGGCUCUGAUGGUGUACCUGGUCUUCCUGGACCCAAAGGUGAACAAGUUAAAGGUGACAAGGGUGAACAAGGCCAAGCAGGACCACAGGGCCCACCUGGACCACCAGGAACAGGCAUUCAGGGAAGCCAGGGUAUACAGGGUCCACGAGGAAACCCUGGGGCAAAAGGCUCUCAAGGUUUUGGUCUGCCAGGACCAAAGGGUGAACCAGGUGAACCUGGACAAAAAGGAGAAUCAGGAUCUCCAGGAAUUAGCUCAUCAGGACUUAAAGGAGAUAUAGGUCUACCAGGAUUGCCAGGAAAGAAGGGGUUGAAGGGAGAGAUGGGACUGGCAGGGAAAAAGGGGGAAAAAGGAGAUGAAGGUCCAAGAGGUCCAAGUGGACUCCCUGGCAAAGGAGUUGCAGGUCAAAAGGGUGACCAUGGAGAAAAAGGAUCCAAAGGAGAGAUUGGUCUUCCAGGACUAAAAGGCCCAACUGGAUCAAAAGGUGAUCCUGGAGAGAGAGGACCCCCUGGUCCCCGUGGAUCAUCUGUUUGGGGACCUCCUGGACCAAAGGGGGAUCCAGGAGACAAGGGGCCACCGGGAGAUGAUGGACUUCCUGGAAACUCAAUAAUGGGACCAGCGGGGGACCAAGGACCACCUGGACCACCUGGACCUCAAGGAGCAAAAGGUGACAAAGGUGGCAAAGGUGAAGCUGGACCUCCAGGAGUAAGAGGCCCUGAGGGACCAGCAGGACCAAGAGGCGUGGGAGAUGCUGGACCAAAGGGAGACCGUGGAAUUAGAGGCCCUCCUGGGCCGCGAGGGCCAGCAGGAUGGGGAAGCGUGGGUCCCAAGGGUGUUAUGGGACGUGAUGGCUUGCCUGGUCAACCUGGGCCCCCUGGCAUCAGCAUACAAGGAGACAAGGGAGAAAAAGGAAAUAUAGGUUUACCUGGACCAAAGGGAUCAAUAGGAACUGGCCUUCCUGGACUAAAGGGAGACUAUGGAGAUAAAGGUGAUCCAGGGAGCAAAGGUGCCAAAGGGGAGAUUGGAGACCCAGGACCUCCAGGGCCAAAGGGAGUUGGGGGAAGAAAAGGUGAACCUGGUCUUUCGAGAGAAGACGUUAUCAGACUUAUCAAAGAAAUAUGUGGUUGUGGUAUCAAAUGUAGAGUAACACCACUGGAACUAGUAUUCGUCAUUGACAGUUCAGAAAGUGUUGGAGUAGGUGACUUCAAUAUUAUCAAAACCUUCAUGAAAACAUUCAUUGACAAGAUUUCGGCUGACCACGUUACAACCCGCAUUGGUAUUAUCAACUUCAGCCACAAAGCGGUCGUGGUGUCUUCUCUGCAGAACUACACAGGCAAAGAGGACCUGAAGUCAACUAUUGACAAGAUGGACUACUUAGGAGAAGGCACCUACACAGCCUCUGCAAUCCAGGGAGCCAUUAACUUAUUCCAGGAGGCACGCCCGGCUGUGAGGAAGGUGGCUGUUGUAAUAACAGAUGGACAGGCAGACAGUCGGGAUGAAGAACCACUGGACAGUGUAGUAAGAAAGGCCCAUGCUGCACAUAUUGAGAUAUUUGUCAUUGGGAUGAGUAAAACAACGGAUCCUCAUUAUAAUGAUUUCCUGGAUGAACUGAAGCUCAUCGCAACAGACCCUGAUGAAGAACAUGUCUACCCUAUACACGACUUCAAAACACUUUCAGCACUUGAAAAUAAACUGAUCACAAAAAUCUGUGAGAACGAGUCUGCAGUGUACACCAGAGAAUACAACAUUUUAUCUCCAUCUCCAAGUCUGAAGCCUGAAAUUGCCAGGAAAGAUGUUAAUAGCCAGUUACCUAAAAUGACCACUUCAGAGGCUGAUAUACCUCCUACAGAAGGAAUUAGUUACCCAGUUAGUCCAUCACCAUCCACAUACACUGAGCCUCUGCCAUCUGCUCAGGACCACAUUGUGGCUGCCUCUGCUCACAGAGAAUCAAUAUUUCCCCCAGUUUAUAACGUGUCUGAAGUCAGACCCCUGAGUCAAGCUGCCAAUCCUUUCUUUGGUGGAACUGCUACUGAAGAUCACCAGCCAGCUGUGUGGCAAACACAUCUAGCAACACCCCAAAAAAAUCCAAGGUGCUUGGAACCUUUGAAACCAGGGGAUUGUUGGGACUACGUGAUGAAAUGGUAUUAUGACAAAAAUGGCAAUUCUUGCGGCCAGUUCUGGUAUGGAGGUUGUAAUGGUAACAACAAUAGAUUUGAAACAGAAAAAGAAUGUCAAGAAACCUGUGUUGAUUGAUGAACAAAAAUUACUUCUGUUGGGAACUUUUGAAACUGGAAGUUCAUGUGUACUGAGGAAGAACUGACUGAGAAGAAUCCAAUAUGAUGUGUUACCUUGGAAUUAUUACUGCUGUGCUUUAUUUGUUUCACCACUAUGGUCGGCACAUUAACCAGAUUCCUGCAUAAUGCAUCUUAACUGCAACACCAUAGCAAUAACUUAUAAUUACACAUAUGCACACACAGAAAGAUAUCUUUUCCUUCCAAAUUUACGUAAUUUGAUACUGCUGCACAUGGGAAUAAUGAGAUUCUAUUUUUAUUAUUAAAAUGUCAAAAGUGUUUACACUUAAUUUUUAAUGACAGAAGUUUCCUAGGCUCAUGGAAGAAUAAAAUAUCCUCCAGUUUUAAACAACAGUAAGUGGUUCCUGAAAUUAGCACUCUUAAUACAGCAUUUAGAGACAUAAAUAAAGAUUUGCAUUGAUUAGAGUUUCUCUUUGGAAUGUAAGUAACACAGUUAUAGGUAAUUAGAGAGGGGUUUUGUCCACUAUUAAAGCACACUUGCAUUACAUCAAUAUAAUAGUUUCAAUUAUAAAGGUUGGACUUAGAAUUACAUUAAAAACAGGGUUCUUCAUGUCCUUUAGGCUAAUCAGUACAUUUCAAUUUCUCAGGGCCUCUGGGUUUAAAAAAAAACAAAAAAAAAGUUAUUUCACUCUAAUACUCUAAUAUAUGCUACUAAACCAAAAAAGGGAAAAGCACUGAAAGAUGUAUGUUAAUGUUUACUUAUA